AUGGCAUCAAUUAAAGGAGUCCUUCUCGUUUUGUUUGUUCGCUUCUUUUGUGUCGUUCACAACCGGAUUCAACCGGCGGAGCGUGUCUUUCCGACCGACAUCAACAAAGCUUUCCUGCCGACUGUCCGUCAAACGCUUAACGAUUGUCAUCUACGCUAUCACAAGUAUGGUGAUUAUUAUCUCGUCUAUCCCAUCUACGGCGUGCCGGCGAGGCAGGGAGAAUUCGCACACAUGGCAGCGAUCGGUUGGAGACAGGCGAACGGUUCGAUAAGCUUCGAUUGUGGUGGAUCGCUCAUAACGACGCGCCACGUGCUAACGGCAGCGCACUGCGGUGUAAACGCUGAUGGGGUGGCCCCGCAAGUGGUACGUUUGGGUGUGAUUGACAUCACCGCAGGAUUGUACGAUCCACAGAACCAGUUUGCCCAGGAACACAGCAUCGCGAGCUUCAGGCGCCAUCCGGAACAUGAAUAUCGGGCGGAAUACCAUGAUAUUGCGCUCGUCACGCUAGACCGUGCCGUCACACUGAACAGUGCGGUAGUGCCGGGGUGUCUCUGGACCGGUGCCCAGGUCCCGAUGCGCCGCCUGGAAGCAGCUGGCUUUGGGCAAACUAGUUUCGGUGGCGAACGUACACCGAUUCUGCUAAAGGUACAGCUGUCGCCCGUCGAUAAUGCCGCCUGCAGUCGGUUCUAUCCAGCGGGCCGUCGACGGCGCCAGGGUUUGAUCGAUCAGCAGCUUUGUGCGUCCGAUGAGAGGAUGGACACGUGUUACGGAGACUCGGGUGGUCCGCUGCAGCUCAAGCUGAUGGCAAACAACCGGCUCAUCCCGUUCAUUGUGGGUAUUACAUCGUUUGGAAGGUUUUGUGGAACAGCUACACCGGCAGUGUAUUCCAGAGUCUCCUCGUAUGUCGACUGGAUACAAACGGAAACAGGCCUAUCGUUCGAUGCUAGAGCAUGUGCCGCCCGGCACAUCAAUGAGCGCGAAAUUGAGGAAGCCAUGGUAGCAAAUCGUAUAGGAGAUAAAGUGUUUGUUGAGCCAGAGAGGAGCUACAUGGACCUGGAAACGGUAGCGAAACAUCGUGUAUAUCUUGGAUAUAGCACCUCCACCGGGCGCAUCCAAUGGAACUGUGGCGGUGUGCUGAUCAAUGAGAACUACGUCCUCACGGUGGCUCACUGUGAUCGCUUCGUUCUGAAUAAAACGCCCGAUUACGUGAAGGCUGGUGAUUUAGAUAUCUUCAAAGAUCACCCUCAAUCGCAGAUCGUGCAGAUCGAGCAGUUCAUUAAGCAUCCUGACUACCGGCCCGGUGGUUCAAUCGAUAAUGAUAUAGCGCUCAUUAAGCUACGGAACAACCUUAGAUUGGAACCGAACGUAGUACCAGCCUGCAUACUGAACACGGAAUCGCUUUCGCUUCCUUUCUACGAAAUGGCUGGAUUGGGUCCCUACAACAUGAACAACUUUCUCAUGGAUGAUGAUCCUGUAUCGACCAAUAAUACGCUGGUUUUAACCAGAAUGAGGGCAGACAGCAGCGCUUGCAGUUGGCAAUCGGGCAGUAAGAUUAUGUGCACAAGAAAUAAUCAAUCUCUGGUACCUGGAACAUGCCGGAUCGAGCACGGUGGUCCAUUGGAAAGAGAAAUCUGGCAUCACGAUCGGUACUACACGUACGUGUUCGGUUUAACCGUUGCCGGUGAUGAUUGUGGCUUUGGGACGGACGCAAGCUACGUGAAGAUCGCUUCCCAUAUAAGGUGGAUAGAACAGACGGUAUUGGGUAACAAUAAUAGGAGGAGACAAUUCCGAUCAGUCAGAACCAAGAGGCAGAUCGUGUUUCCAAACUCGGGCGAAUAUGUCGCCACCUAUUCGGUGAUACAAUCCUGUCAGCUACCAGAUGGACAAAGAGGAUCCUGCGUGCCAUAUUCGUCCUGUUCAAGGGGCAUUAUGGGAACAACCAUUUCCAUAUGCCAACACGGCAUCGAACCGAUUGUUUGCUGCGGUACUACAUCCACCACCCCAACACUAACACGGCCAACACGCCUAUCUGCUACCGGACCCGGCUAUAAGCUUAACAAUUGCGUCUCGUACUGGAAACAGUACAAACGUCCGCCUAUAGAGGAGUUCGAAAACAUCCCGUCCGAGGGUAGACCGAUCGGUGCAGAAGAGUACCCACACAUUGCUGCGAUCGGGGACGUCCAACAGAACGCAUGGCCUUGCACGGGUGUUCUGGUGAGUGAUCGAUACGUAAUCAGUGCGGCUAGCUGUCUGGCGUCUGGACGUGGUUUGAGAACGGUCGGGUUGGGAUUUGGAGCUGGUAGUCCUGCUACAUACGAAAUAGACGAGAUCAUCAACCACCCAUCCUAUGGGCGAAGGUUAAAGGACAACUACAACUUGGCGUUGAUACGGUUGAAGAGUCCGGUUCGAUUCUCUUCCAGCAUGUUGCCAGCUUGCUUGUGGACCAAGAGUGAGAUGGUACCUUUGAAGCUUUAUACCGUUGGAAGAGGCACAGGUGGACAAAUGCAUGUUUAUCCGAGAAGCGCCAUGUACAAUGCCGACUGCCGUGCAUUACCCAGCGGCGACAACACCAUUGCGGACGCAGAAAACGUAUGUAUUGAAAACUACUAUGCCACCGAUACAGUCUGCGCGGAUGUGGCCGGCAAUCCGGUGGAAGGAAUCAUUGAUUACAACGGUACUCGUAUUCCGUUGAUCGUGGGCACUACGUCCUACACCGCGGGAUGUUUAAAAUCUGCAACGGGACAAACAAUUUCAAUCUUGUCCCGAAUUGCAGUACACAUGACAUGGAUAAAAGACAUCGUUGAACGAUAA